CAUUGGAUUAGGCUUUUAGCACCUGCUUUAGCUCUCCUCAAUCUGAAAUAAACACCCUCAGAAGGACACUGCCGUAGCUCUCUUCACUAGUGUGCUGUCUGGCCUGCUGUAACUGCUUUGCUUUAUUAGGAUGAAGAAUGAUUUGGAAAUGCAGUUUUCAUCCGUUCUUCUGCUAGCACAUUUCUGCUUUGUAGGAGCACAGACUGACUACGCACCCUAUUUCUAUGAUAAUGGGCCUAACAGUAACAACGGUAAUAUGGCACUGUUAAAUCUCUCAGAGGAUACGCCAAAAGGAACACAGAUAUAUGUUCUUAAUGGAACCGACCCAGAAGGCCAGCCUGUAAAGUAUGGAAUGACCUUUGAACCCGGAUCCAAAGAAUAUUUUCGUGUUCAUCCCAAAUCAGGAGCAGUAACUCUAAUAGAGGAACUCGACAGAGAGGCACAAGAUGAGAUUGAAGUCUUUGUCAGUAUCUCAGAUGGCCUUAAUAAAGUAGCUGAAAAGGUUUCAGUUUUUGUCAUGGAUGCCAAUGAUGAGAGACCACAGUUUCCACAGAACAUGCCUUCCAUUGUAGAUGUGCCAGAGAACACUACAUCUGGGAGUAGCAUCUACAAAGUGCAGGCAGUGGACAGAGACGCCGGCUCAGGGGGAUCAGUCACUUACUUCCUCCAGAGCAGUGAACCGAGCACAAAAUUUGCCAUUGACCACCAUAGUGGCGUGCUGCGGAUAAAACCAGGUGAAACCCUCGAUUAUGAGAAAUCCCGCACACAUUUCAUCACUGUGGUGGCAAAGGAUGGAGGUGGCAUUUACAAGGGCAAGCAACAAGUGAUGUCAUCAUCUGCCACUUUGACAAUAAAUGUGAUUGACACUCAAGACACUCCCCCUGUGUUUGUUGGGACUCCUUACUUUGGUUAUGUCUAUGAGGUCUCCUCGCCUGGAUCUGAGAUAUUUACAGUUUUUGCCAAAGAUGGAGACAUGGAUAAUCCAAAUCCAAUCAUAUAUUCAAUAGAAUCUGGAGCAGAUGGGGUUUUUGCCAUCAAUAAAACCAGUGGAUGUAGCACUCUGAAGGUGUACCCCGCAGAACUGAGGAGAGAAAUCUUUAAUAUUAAAGUCAAGGCUUCAGAGGUCAGUCCAGAAGGAAAACGCUUGGACUUUGCAGUCACCACAGUGACCAUUCGGGUAGUGGAUCUGAACAACCAUCCACCCACAUUCUUUGGAGAAAAUGGACCACAGAACGUGUUUGAGUUAACUAUGUAUGAACAUCCUCCAGAGGGAGAGUUCCUGAGGGGCUUGAAAAUUACAGUCAAUGACUCCGACCAGGGAUCAAAUGCAAAAUUUCACCUCAGACUGGUGGGCCCAGGCCGCAUGUUACGAGUGGUCCCUCAAACCGUCCUGAAUGAAGCCCAAGUCACCGUCCUGGUAGAGGAUUCUGCUGCAAUGGAUUUUGAGAAAUCACAAUUCUUGACAUUUAAGCUCCUCGCUAUAGAGAUUGACACCCCUGAGAGAUUCAGUGCCACGGCAGACAUAAUCAUUCAUCUGCUAGACACCAAUGAUAAUGCUCCCAAAUUCUCCUCUGAUUUUUACAUCGCCCGGAUUCCACAUUCAGGUGGCAAUAACAUCACAUCUCUUUUUGCCACAGAUCCUGAUUCUGGUCUUUGGGGUGUGGUCAAAUACUCCAUCUAUGGCUCAAGAGCGGACCUGUUUCUCAUUCAGCCUGAUUCUGGAAUCAUCUACACUCAGCCCUGGGCCAGUCUGGAUGCCGAGGUCAAAUCCAAGUAUAACUUUUAUGGGAAAGCCGAAGACACUGACGGAAAAUACAGCCUUGCAGAAGUCUUUGUCACCAUUAUGGACCUCAAUGACCAUUCACCAGCAUUCAAUGAAAACUCUCUAGAGAAGACAAUGGUGAUUGGUGCACCAGUGAAAAUAGAGGCGAUUGAUGAAGAUGCAGAAGAGCCCAAUAAUGUCAUUGAAUACUCCAUCAUGAAGUCUGACCCAGAUGACAUAUUUGACAUGGAUGCAGACACAGGGGAAAUAAAGCUGAAGCCGUACAUCAAGUCCAUGGACAUAGUCCAGAAUAUCAGCAAUCACAAAGACUGUACCUGGUCUGUGGUUGUUCAGGCCAAAGACAGAGGUUCACCAUCCUUCAGCACCACCACGGUGGUAAAGAUUGACAUCACAGAAGCGACUCAACUCAAGGGACCUUUGACGUCCUUUUUAUUGAAAUGUAGGGAAAAUCCCAUGCAAUUCCUAGGCUUGGUCAGUGGUGUCAUUACAAUCAUGGUUUUUGUGACAGUCUUCAUCUCUACUGUUAUAUACAUGAGAAAUGUCAAGUCCAACAAGAUCCUACCCUCCCGUCGCAUCAUACGAAGGAAGCGUAAACCCCGGAGACGAGAUGACUUCCAGCAACCGUUCAGAGAAGAAUGCUGUGGAGGUAAGUUUAGAAAUGAGGAUCUGGAGAUCCCUACAGCAGACAAUAUCAACCGUAACAAUAAUGUCAAAGGAUGUUCACAUCGAGCCCCUCCGUCGCCUCCUAACGCCCCUGUCAUGCCCCCACCAUUGCCAAGUCACUAUAGACACGGUGAUCGGGAGUGGACAGUACCUACAGUUUCUGCCUCGGUGGCCUCCAAGACAAAGAAAAGAUCUCAUAGGGGUAAAGACAAUCCUGUCAACACAGCACUGGUUUCUGAACUCAAACUUAGACUGGAGCAGAAAAACAUGGCAAACCGAUACUGAUGAAGUGCAUGUAUAUAAAUGCCAGUGUUCAAUGGAGAGAAAACGUGUUUCUUCUGACAAAAGAGAUUUCAGGCAAGAUUUGAGCAAGGACCAGAUCUCAGCAGGCCAGCUCUGGAAGCUUCUUACUGUACAGUGUCUUUUCUAAUACGUGACGAGUUUAGCUGGGAUUGCAGGUUGAACCUAGUGGAAUUGAGGGAAAGUGUCACUAGCCAAGACUAACACCUUGCUAAUACGACGACUCUGUGUACUGCCUCUUCUGGAUGGAAAAUAAUUGGUUAACGUUUACUCUGUUUCACUGACAUUUUUAUUUAUUUAUUUAUUUUUAACUGUGUAUAACUGGCAAGGAGUGUGAGUUUUCAUUCUUCAAAAUCAUGUAGUAUGCACUAUAUUUGUUUUUUUUUUAAAUGGGAAUAGUUUUUUUUUUUCUUUCAAAAAUACAAGUGUCGCUGAGGCCAGUAAAUAAAUCCAUUCUGGGUCUCAUAUAAUAUAUUUUGGACCUUGAACGAACACUAACAAUGCCAAAUUCUAAGCAUUCAUUUGCUGGUUUAUUUGGUAAAUACAUUUUUUUGAC